AUGAGCUCCGCGUCACAGAACACGUUUCCAACCAACGGCGAGAGACGGUAUUCUUCACAACAACCAGUGGAGCGGGUCGCCGACCAGUUGGAGAUACCCUCGUUAGACGAUCGGAAAUACCGUGUUAUCCGGCUAUCCAACCAACUAGAGGCUCUCUUAGUCCACGAUCACGAAACGGAUAAGGCCAGCGCCGCUCUAGAUGUCAAUGUCGGCAAUUUCAGCGAUGAGGAUGAAAUGCCAGGCAUGGCCCAUGCCGUGGAACAUCUUUUGUUCAUGGGUACUAAGAAGUAUCCGAUAGAGAAUGCGUAUAAUGUGUAUCUCUCUUCACAUUCGGGUAGCUCGAAUGCGUACACCGGAGCCACCUCUACCAACUAUUUCUUCGACAUCGCUGCUAAACCGAGCAACGGCGAGGAACCCUCCGAGACAAAUCUGUCACCGCUCUACGGCGGCCUGGAUCGAUUUGCGCAAUUCUUCAUCGAACCCCUUUUCCUUCUGUCGACACUUGACCGUGAGUUGCGAGCUGUAGACUCGGAGAACAAGAAGAACUUGCAGAGCGACCAGUGGCGACUUCAUCAACUGGAGAAGUCCCUCUCUAACCCCAAACACCCUUAUCGCCAUUUCUCGACUGGCAACUUUGAGGUGCUGAAGACGGAGCCAGAGUCUCGAGGGAUAGAUGUACGACAGAAGUUUAUCGAUUUCCACGAGAAACAUUACUCUGCCAAUCGAAUGAAGCUGUGCGUUCUAGGUCGGGAACCGCUCGACACUCUCGAGAAAUGGGUGGCCGAGCUAUUCUCUGGCGUGGUAGACAAAAACCUAGCCCAGAACCGAUGGGAGACCGAAGUGCCGUUCACCAAAGAUCACCUGUCCAUGCAGUGUUUUGCGAAGCCGGUCAUGGACUCUCGAGAGCUGAAUCUUUCCUUUCCCUUCCUCGACGAAGAGUACCUUUACGAAAGCCAACCGAGCCGAUACGUUAGCCACUUAAUCGGACACGAGGGCCCUGGAAGCAUCAUGGCAUAUCUGAAGUCUAAAGGAUGGGCCAACUCGCUGAGUGCCGGGGCGUAUCCAAUAUGCCCCGGUACUCCCGGCAUCUUCGAUUGUCAGAUCCGUUUAACGAAAGAGGGAUUGAAGCAUUAUAAAGAGGUCGUCAAGGUAUUCUUCCAGUACGUAUCGCUUCUUAAACAAACCCCUCCUCAAGAAUGGAUAUUCGAGGAGCAGAAGGGUAUGGCCGAGGUGGAUUUUCGAUUUAAACAGAAAACGCCGGCCAGUCGCUUCACAAGCAAAAUAUGCGCCGUGAUGCAGAGACCGCUGCCUCGGGAGUGGUUGCUUAGCGGCCAGAACCUACGCAAAUUCGACCCGGGAGCGAUCGUUGAGGGCAUAGAGCUCCUACGCCCCGAUAACUUAAGGAUGACGAUAGUAUCCCGCGACUUCCCGGGCGACUGGGAUAAAAAGGAGAAAUGGUACGGCACCGAGUACAAGGCAGAGAGGAUACCUGAGGAAUUCCUGGCAGAGAUUUCUAGGGCCUUGAACUGUACGGCGGAGGAUCGCCUUCCCGCUUUACAUCUUCCGCAUCGGAAUCAAUUUAUCCCGACAAAGCUCGAGGUGGAGAAGAAGGAGGUCGAGCGCCCGGCUUUGGCGCCACGAGUAAUUCGAAACGACGAGGUGGCACGGACAUGGUACAAGAAGGACGACACAUUCUGGGUUCCCAAGGCAAAUCUAAUCGUGAGCAUCAAGAAUCCGAUCAUUUUCGCUUCGGCGGAGAAUUCAGUAAAAUCGAAGCUAUUUACGGAUCUAGUACGAGACGCGCUCGAGGAGUAUUCCUACGACGCCGAGCUUGCCGGACUACAGUACAACGUUAGCCUUGACUCCCGCGGUUUGUUUAUCGAAGUGUCCGGAUAUAAUGACAAACUCCCCGUGCUUCUCGAGCAAGUCCUCAUCACCAUGCGGGACUUGGAGGUUAAGGACGAGCGCUUCGAGAUCAUCAAGGAACGGUUGACUCGGGGCUACAAGAAUUGCGAAUUGCAACAGCCAUUCACACAGAUCGGUGAUUACGUGUCUUGGCUUACAUCUGAGCACGACUACGUGGUGGAGCAGCUGGUUGCCGAGUUGCCUGGAAUCACAGCCGAGGCUGUGAGACAAUUCCACCAACAGAUCGUAUCACACCUACACAUCGAGGCUUACGUACACGGCAAUGUGUACAAGGAAGACGCGUUGAAGUUGACGGACAUGAUCGAAAAGAUCCUGAAGCCUCGGGUUUUGCCAAAGGAUGAAUGGCCUAUCAUUCGGUCGCUAGAUUUCCCGCCGGGGUCGAACUACCUGUUCAAGAAGACUCUCAAGGACCCCGCGAACGUCAACCACUGCAUCGAGUACUACCUCCACAUCGGGGAUAAAGGCGAUCGUACAGUCCGCGCAAAGACGCAGCUGCUAGAUCAGAUCAUUCACGAACCGGCAUUCGAUCAGUUGCGAACCAAGGAGCAGCUCGGCUACGUGGUCUUCAGCGGCCUUCGAAGUUCCUCGACAACCUACGGGUUUCGUUUCAUCAUCCAAAGCGAGCGCACAUCGGACUAUCUGGAGUCUCGGAUCGACUCGUUCUUAGCCGCGCAGACCAGUUCCCUCGAGAAGAUGAGCGACGCAGAAUUCGAAAGUCACAAGAGGAGCGUGGUCAUCAAACGCCUCGAGAAGCUGAAGAACCUGGAUCAAGAGACGGGAAGACACUGGGCACAGAUAAAUAAUGAGUAUUAUGAUUUCGAAUCAGCUCAGCGAGAUGCGGCUCGGGUGAAGGAGCUCACCAAAUCAGAGAUGAUCAAAUUUUACUCCACCUACAUUAAGCCCAUGUCGCCGACUCGGGCAAAGCUAGUGGUGCAGCUCAUUGCGCAGGGCGUGGGCUCGAAAGCGAAGGAGGCCGAGAAAGCGACCAACGGAAACACGGCAACCGUUUGGACGAAUGGCACAGAGCCCGUCUUAAUUCGAAACGUGCGGGACUUCAAAUCGGGAUUAUCGGUGACGGCGGGCGCCCGCCCGAUCAGAGACCUCAGCGAAUUUGAGGAGAUAGACCCCAAGCUUUGAGACAAUACUACAAGGAAAUGGUUGGUAGAUGGUAGAGGACAAACAGCUAUACCCAUUUGUUUGUUUCAUAGGUAGUGUGUAUGAAAAAGCACUCUUCUAGUUGCCGAGCCUGAGUGACAGGAAGGAAUUUUCCGAGAGCGAGACAACCAUCUGUGUGAACUCGAUCUGACGCAAGGCGAGCGACGGUGUUGAGAAAUACACAUACCUCUCAGCUGAUGGACACCUGCCUUGAACCGUCAAGUGGCCGAUAGGCUCCCCCGACCCUUUUGCCGGACCUGAAAGAGAAUAUCGAUAACGUAAGUAAUCAACUAGCCGACAGUACAGAGUUCUGCGUGAUUACUAUAAGGUAAGAACCAUAUCAUUCAAGACAAGAUAGCAAUACUGCUGUAGGUUGUCAAACAUUGACGUCUUC